AUAAUGCAUAUUAUAGGAUAAUCCAGGGUCCUGUUCUCUUCAUUGAAACAGCUUCCUGAAUCAUUGUUACAAUGCAGCCCUAUUCCUUUAAAAAAAAACUCCCGCUUGAACAGCUCUGUUUUACAUAGCUUGUGGAUGCCGAAAGUGUGGGAGUCUUCCUGACUCCAUGGGAGGGAGCCACUACCGAACAUGCGCGUGUGCAGGCAGUCGUUGGUGUUGCCCAUUUUGCAGGGUGGCACCUGUAGACGGCCCUGUUGAGCUGAGUGACCAUGGAAGGGCAUAGGAAGAGAGGCUGUCCUGCUGGUAUGAGAAUCCAGGGCCCAUACAGGGCUUUGUAUGCGAUGGCCAGUACUUUUAAAUGGAACUGAUAACCAGUGGAGUGAUUGCUUGAAGUUGAUCUUUCUGCCGUGAGCUGGAGCGGAGCACGCCUUCUUUCUUGAUGCUAUUUGCAUAGCAGAUAAAGGUUUCAAUCACGUACCUGAAGGAGUGGUCCUACAGCGAUGAAUCAUGCCAGGAAAGCAGUAUUUAACUUGCUUGGAGGGGAAACUCUCUCGUAUACCCGGUUCAGUCUGGCCAGGCAGCCAGACGGAGACAACAGCCACGUGGAAAUGAAGCUUUCUGCUGAAGAUGAGGAAGGAGGUGAAAAUGGAGUGAUCGACCAUGUUCAUACCAGGCCUCUGAAGUCAAGGAACACCAGUCGACAUCUCUGCUGCAUCUGCUCCGCAGUGGCCCUACUUUUACUCGCAGGGUUUCUGAUUGGCUACCUGAGUUUCCGUACACGGAUGCCAGCACCAGCAGAAUGUGUGAAUGGCGUUCAACCGUGUCAGAAUAACCUAUGUCCAUCUUUGGAUGUGAAAGAACCUCUUAACUCUGAAGUGGAAGAACCAGAACCCGAGCCUGUGAUGUACUGGGGGGAUCUCCAAAAGAUAUUGUCAGAGAAGCUGCGCACUACAAGUUUCCUAGAAAAAGUCCGAAGGGUCUCUUCUACUUCCCAUGAGGCUGGCACAGCCGGAGAUGAAGAGCUGGCCAACUACAUUCACACUGAGUUUAGCAGCUACAAGCUGGACAAAGUCUGGAAUGAUGAGCACUACGUUAGGCUGCAGGUUCUGGGAAGCUCUCCAAAUGUCAUUUCGAUGGAAAUUCCAGGUGGAAAUAAAGAAUCUCUUGACGUGUCAGAGGCUUAUGUAGCAUACAGCGGAAAUGGAACUGUUGCUGGCAAACCAGUUUAUGCCAAUUUUGGCCGCAGCGAAGACUUCAACACGCUGAUGGAGAAAAAGAUUAAUGUAAGCGGGACGGUGAUCAUUGUCAGAGCCGGAACAAUUACGUUUGCUGAGAAGGUGGCCAACGCCCAGAAGUGGGGUGCUGUCGGAGUCUUGAUAUUCCCUUCCCCAGCUGACUACAGGGAGCUUGGAGAGGGUGUGGCGCAGUUUGGACAUGCUCACCUUGGGACUGGUGACCCUUUCACCCCAGGGUUUCCUUCUUUCAACCAUACCCAGUUUCCGCCAGCUGAAUCUUCCGGGUUGCCCCGCGUUCCUGUGCAGACCAUCUCCAGAUCAGCUGCAAAUAAGCUGUUCAGCCACAUGAACGGGCAAGCCUGUCCAACCACUUGGAUUGGGACAUUCAAGGCUCCUUGCAAGUUGGAUUCGAAAGACGCUGCUGGAGUAACUGUUAGUCUCCGAGUCAACAAUGAACUAGUAGAGAGGAGAAUCCUAAAUGUCUUUGGUGUCGUCAAAGGUUUUGAGGAGCCAGAUCGGUACGUUGUGGUUGGAGCCCAGCGGGAUUCCUGGGGGCUUGGAGCCGCGAAGGCUGGGGUGGGAACUUCCAUUUUACUGGCGCUUGCCCGUACAGUGUCGGAGCUCGUGAAAAACGAAGGCUAUAGGCCUCGCCGAAGCCUCGUGUUUGCCAGCUGGAGUGCCGGCGACUUUGGAGCCGUUGGUGCCACAGAAUGGCUGGAGGGCUAUGCUGCUACGCUGCACCUGAAAGCUUUUGCAUAUAUCAACCUGGAUUCAGCAGUGACAGGUUCACGUGACUUCAGGUUCUCUGCCAGCCCCAUGUUGAAAAAGCUUCUGAAUGACGCAGCCAGUACUGUGGAGGGGCCAGUCCGUCUGGAUGGCAUGCUGGCCGGUAAAGAGGAACCCUUUCGUAUGGACAACGCGGGCUUUGCCUUCCUGUCAUAUUCUGGAAUCCCGGCCAUUUCCUUCAGAUUCACUGAUGUGGAUGGCAAAGAGUAUCCUCACCUGAGCACGACCGAGGACAAUCUGGACAAGCUGCUUAGCUUCUUCAGCUUGAGCAGCGAGAAGCUGGACAGGACGAUCCGUGCCGCUGCCGAAAUCGCUGGCCGCAUGGCACUCAGGAUGACCCACGACCACGAACUGUACCUGGACUUCAGCAGCUACGAUGACAAACUCCGUGAUUUCGUGUUCAAGUUAGCGGCUUCCCACAGAGGUUUGCAGAACUUAGGGCUGGGCCUUCAGUGGCUCUACGUGGCUCGUGGGGACUUCAGCCGCGCUACAAAUGACCUGAGGAACGCCAUCCGAAACACCGACCUGACUAACAAGGAUGCUUGCCGCGCUUUGAAUGACCGGAUCAUGAAAGUGGAAUACCACUUCCUCUCCCCGUACGUGUCUCCAAAGGACCACCCGCUCCGGCACAUCUUCUUUGGCUCCGGUUCCCACACUCUCCAGGCUUUGCUGGACCAUCUGACUCUUCUCCGGACCAACCAGAACGCCGUCAAUGAAGCCCUGCUGAGGAACCAGCUCGCCCUGGCGACGUGGACGAUUCAGGGGGCUGCUAAUGCACUCUCGGGUGACAUCUGGGACAUAGACAAUGAGUUUUGAGGAUGCAGAGCACUUAAUUCUGAAGUACAGCAACCGUGAGCCCCUCCCCACCCGCCCAGUAGCCCAGAACAAAUUACUUUUAGCCCCCUCAGGGGACUUUCAGAAGAAGCCCAUUCUAAAAUGUAGAGCAGUUCAGAGUGACAUGAAAUGAGACUGCCCCUCCUGACUCCUCCUCAGUGCUCUGUCCCAGCUGGGGGUUCGACAAGAGCUCCCUUGAUAUUGACCCAAUCAGAGCCUCCUUCAAGUAGAGAGGAGACACCUGUAAAGCAGCCCAUUGACACAGGGUCCCAAGUGGCCUCUGUAACUGCAUUAGCUGUGAGGAGCAAUGUUGAAAGUUACAUUAUGACUUGGGAAAGCAGAAGGUGAGACUGAAGCAACUGAAAAGAAUUGAUCUCUAGCUUGGGUCGGAGGGGUCUUCCGGAUCUCACUGGCUGCUAGGGUCCUUUUUCUCAUUGGUUGGUCUAACACAGGUCAAGUCAACCUUCUGUUUUCUCAAGGAAAAAGGGCACCUAGGAUGGGGCUUCCCUUCUUCUUCCUCAGACUGACAUUGACGAUGCCUUGAAUGGCUGUCUUGUGCUAGUUUAAAAGCUAACCCGGUAUCCCAUUUCCUCUUUCGGCAAGCCUUUUGAGUUGUACUCCGUCCUUUGUUUCGGAGUCUCUCUGCUAGCCCAAAGCUAACUUCUGCUGGGACGACACUGAGGUAUUUAUUUGUUAUUUAUUUAUCAGUGGCAGUGUUCACUAUAAAUGGGAUUUGUUUUUCUACUGAAUAUAAUUAUCGGAAGCAGUGACUUCCAUAAUUAUGACAGUUAUACUGUCGGUUUUUUUAAUAAAGCAGCAUCUGCUAGUACAAACCACCGUGGUGCUGGAACUUUUGCCCCCGAGCAGUCAGUGGCCUUCAACAGCAGCCUCAGUUAGGAGUGUGAGACCGGAGGGAAGACUGCUUUUUCGUAAGCAGCCAGAGGUGGAAGAGGAGCCCAGGGCAAGCCGGGCUUGUUUCGCUGUCAUCCAGAAAAUGAUGGGGGAAGACAAGCAGUGAGAAAUGUGUUUCUGUCCGGCCCUUCUGUUGAGGACGGGAGAUACAGAUUCUUUCUACCAGCCAUUGCAGAGGCUAAAGGAAGGCAUCGGUUCUCUUAAGCUGUCGGAAGCCAUUGCGAGCUCGUGUUAAUCUUGGGCUUGAACCAAAAGUGGCAGCUUCCAUGCAAAACUUCCAGUACCAUGCUGUGCCACGAGAACCUAGGUCACAUUAUCGGGUGCAGUGCCUCCCAUAAUGUUAAAGAACAAGGUAGUUUUUGCCUACCACAGUGUUAUAUCGGAGGCAGUGACCUCCAUAUGUUGCACAAAGGGGUGUCUUAAUUAUCGGGGACAGGGUUUCCCAUAAUUUUCCUUAAAUGCUCACCAUGCAACAACAUCUGCAGAGCAUGAUCGUUAGUAUCUAACAUGUGUAUAUUUGAACUUCUGCGAUUGUCUUUCUGUGUCUGGAAUUGCUUCAUGCUGGCUGCCUUAUCUCGGGUAGCUUGUAUCCCUGGGAUGGAGUCUAAAAUGGUGAGGUGCCACAACUCAUUGUGUGUUGCUGUGGUUACUGAGGAUGCGUUCAGGCAAUUGAGAGACCUGGUGAGGUUUUGUAACUCUUGAGCAAAUGUUCUGUUUUGCAUUAUUGCUUUGUGAAACGGCUGUGGAUGAAAUCUAUAGGGCUGGUGUAGAUUUGAGAAUCCUUGUAUUGAAAUAGGAAUGUGCAGCAAGAGUCUGAAUGGGCAAAUGUCAAGCCUGUUUCCAUUAUCCAAAACUGAGAGCAAUUCCUAGUCCUUCAGCCUUGCCUCUGGCAAAGCUCAGCCAGCUGUUUUCAGGAAUACAAUUUCUAAAAGCUCCCUUAAACUGAUAAGAAGGCUGCAUCUUUCUCUGCGAUGCUUCUCUAGCCUUGAUUAGAAGACGUUCUUCUGCUUAAUGAGGGCCCUCCAGGCACAGGUACCAUAAUAUGUUGUGCUGGAGAAAUGUGCAGGGCAACUGGAUGGUGUGUGCAACACGUCUAAAAUUAGACUGACCCCUUCAAGCUACCCUCUAAUAGCAAGUACUCCAUUUAAGCAAAUCCCCUGUUACGCAUUUCAAAGCCUUGUGUGGAAGUGAAAAGAUCUAGCUUAGUCAUGAAUCCUGUGCAUGGUUUUCCUCCCUGUGUUUCAUAAGCAAAUCACCUCUUGGGCAUGGAUCUUUAUGUGUGUUGUUCUGUAGUGUUGCAUUGCAUGUGAUUUGUACGGGUAAUAAUGCGCUAGACAUACAUAGUUGCUGCAUUGUACGCAUGGAGUCUGAGGUACUCUGCAUUUCAUGGUUUUUGUGCUAUUGUGCUAUGACUUGAUUUGGAAGUGGGGACUGCUUACUUAGUGGGACGGCUGGUCGAGAAUCUGGAAGACACGAUUGUCCGUAAUAAAAAGAACCAAGAAAUGAA